AUGUGGCCGACACCAUCGGAUAUGGCAUUAUUGAAGGGUAAACCAUAUUCGGAGUGGGUACAGCCUGAACCUCUAUCAGUUCAGCAGAUAGAUUUCUACUUGGGUCGUGUUCCAGAAUGGUAUAUCGAGCAAAAAUUUCUGAAAAAGCCUGGAGAUUAUCUUCUGGCCCGUGGUCAUAACAACAAAUUACGUCUGUCAAUAAAAUCACAUGAACCUGGCAAUCCUGCAGUACAUUUGCCCAUUGAAUUUUGUCAAACAAAGCAGAUACGAGGUGACAGGAAUUAUUAUUAUCGAAUUGAGAAAACCGUUUUGCAGAAUCGCUCAGUUUGGGGAUUAAUUCAAUCGUAUCAAAAGAGUAAUGUGAACAGUUUGAAGAUAAACACAAAACGUGACGUACGUCUGUUAGAACCAGUAUUGCCAUGUCAAGGAUGCCGUUACCUAACAACUGAAUACUCAUUUCUAAAUAUGCAAAUUAAAGAAAAAUCAGAAAUAAAUAUCGGUGACUUAAUUUGCAAAGGUGAAAGAUCAACAAUUUACAAAGGUACUCGUUAUUUAACCAAAAAAGGUUUGAUUAAAUCGGUAACAGAACGACCGAUCAUUUUGAAGGAAAUGGAUGAAUGUACUGCUGCAAUGCUCGAUGAUAUAUUCAGGGAAUUGCACAUAGUAAGUACAAUUCGACAUGAAAUUGGACCUGAAACGGUAGUGAAUAUCGAAGCAAUUAUGGUUUUUGGUCGACCGUAUUAUAUCGCUUAUAUGCUAUGUAAGAAAGGCUCAUUAGUGCAAUAUCUCACAAAGAAUAUCAUCGAUAUGGAUACUCGAAUAAAGGAGAUAUUGCAAAACGUAGCAUAUACUCUGCAUCACUGUCAUAAGAUUUCCAUUAUUCAUGGAAAUUUGAGAGCUAAAAAUAUAUUUGUUGAUAACGAUGAUAAAACAGCCAAACCGAUUUACUACAUUGGAGGUUUUCAUCAUGCAGUUAUGGCCAAAUCAAAAAAAGUAAAUCCCAAUGAAUUACCAAACAAACGUUGGCUUGCACCAGAAGUUUUAACAACGAAACUAUUAACACCAGAAUCAGAUGUAUUUGCAUUUGCAUUUUUGAUGUAUGAAGUUCUUACGAUGAAAGUACCACAUGAGACAAUUGAGGAUAAAAAAGUGCUCGAUUAUAUCAGCAAAAAUCCAUAUGCUCGUCCAAGUUUGGCGUCAGAUGGUUUAUUUAUGCGUAGUUCAGUUGAUACGGGCUAUUGGCAUGUUGAAAAUUACUGUAAAGAUAUACUUGAAUGCUUUCUGCGAUGUGAAGAAACAUUUGACAUGACUAGUUCACAAUAUGAUGGAAAUAUAUCCAUAAAUACAGUUGAAAGUUUCCGUUCCACGCAAGAGGUUGACACUACAUUGAAUACAACACAAUAUUGCUUCCUGCAUGACGAUUUUUUCCUAGUGAAAGUUACCCAGGCAUUGUUCGAAGAUUUCCAAGUGAAAUGCAUAGAUUCAGAGAACGUUAACGAGUCUUCUGAUUUAGUUGCUUUAUUUUAUGAAAUAUGUAGCGAUGGGAUAGCGGCUUUUCAAAAAGUAUCGAUGAGACCAGAGAGAACAACAACUUUAAUGUCCGUUUUACAACAGCUUUUAAAAGAGCAACAAGCCUAUCUUUUGUUGUUAAAUCUUGCCAAAAUGAAUCGAAUGUUAGAUGACCUGAAGAAUUUGGAGAAGCGAUCUGUUCUUGCUGAUUUAUUAAUCAGUGAUGUGGAAUUCAGAAGAUUACUGGUGCUUUUGGAAUGGUGUGAAGAGAAUGCCUAUAAUGAACCUGAGGCAAACGCUGAAUUAUCAAACGAAUGUGUACAUCUCGAAAAGAAUUGCAUGUUACGAGCGGAAACAUUACAUGCUCGAAUUUGUGGUGAAAAUCUUUGUGAUUUGGAUUUAGACGGCGCACUUCAUGGGCGUUUACACAAUAAAGACGAAGAAUUAGAAAACAGAGUGUUCAGCGUGAUUUACACACUAGUGCGAUGUGGUCAUAUUGAUGACGCAUCUUCGUUGUUAGAAAAGGCUGGUCUUCAUUCUUUAAUGCCUCUGCUACAACUAAGAAAAAUGUCACGGAGUGUCGCUUUAACACCAAUUUCUUCAGAUGAAACCUCUUAUUAUUUGGCUCGAUCCCGUGCCUUUCUUAAACGCACUAUUGAUAAAAUACUUUCUAAAGUAGAAGCCUGUCUGUGGUCAGUGGUAGCUGGACGUCUCGAACCGGCAUUAUCUUUGUCUUCUUGCACUGAAGAUCGUCUCUGGUGUUAUCUCAAUGCAGCCGUUGAAUCUCGUUUGGAUGCCGCAAUAAUCACCGCUCAUAAUGGCGAUUGUGAUGUUGGUAUUGGUCGUGAAGUUGAAAAUAACGACCUUCGAAUUAAUUCUAUCUUCGAUGAAAUUGCUACGCUUGAACGAUCUCCGUAUUAUACUAUUUAUCGACACAUAGUAAACAAUGAUUCUUUAUCGCUGAUUGCAUCUAUGGAUAUGUGGCUGGAAGAGCAUGAGAAUGAUUUAGAAAGAUUUCCACAUAUUAUUCGUUUUAUGGCUCAUCUUGUUUUACUUCUUCGAUUCACUGGUCAGCCAGUCCAGGAAGAAAGUGCCAAUUCGAUCAUGCGCAAUUACGUUCGCUUAUUGAUUUUGUUGAAGUUAUACCCUAUUGUGCCAUAUUAUGCUAACAAAUUGCCAUUGGAAAUGGCUGAAGAGAUGGUUGUUGAGUUCAUGUGCCAAUUGGAAGAUGAGAAUAUGCGGAAAGAUGUCCUUGAUGCUGCUGGUGUUGCAAAAAUGGAUGGAGUUCGUUUGUGCAAACAGAUUUUUAAUUGUAUAAUUGCUCGAUAUCCAGUUGUUGAAGAAGAAUCUGAGAGAGAUGAUGCGUUAAUUAAUGCGUGGAACUGGUUAAUAUAUCCGGGUAGUGAUACAUAUUAUGAUGCUUUAUUAGGCAUGAAUGAAAUAAUGCGUGAAUUUUUUUAUGUUGACAAAUUGGACAAAGCAAAAGAACUUCUGCAACGGUCAAAAAAAUUGAUUGAUAAAAUAUUGGAAUCAUUUUCAUGCGUUAUUGAGACUAGCGAUACAGUUGAUCCGAGGCUUUUAAGAGCUAUUACUGAAUACAGAGCGUAUGAAUGCUACUUAAAUGCUUUGAUAAAAUUUAACGAAUGGUUCAAGCAUUCACAACGUUCAGUGCCAACGAUUCUGGAGAACUCAAUGGAUGAUACGGGAGCAUUAAUAGAUAUGCAACAAAGGAUAACAUUUGAAGUGAUACAUCAGCGCGCAAAUGAACAAAUGCAGAAAUAUGAAAAUGCUGCAAAACAGAGCGCUAUUGCGGCGAUGGAAGCUCUCGAUCUUGUGCUACGCUUUCCAGAUGGUUGGAUGACAUUCAAGAGAGUAGAGAAGGAGACACUAAGUGAGCAAGAAGUCACAAAAUUCACUGAAAUAAGGUCUCGGUAUAUCACUGCAGUUGUUGUUAUGCUAGUUACUCUAUUUCAAAAAAGCGGUAUAAAUGGAUCUGCACAGUUGGUGGAAUUACUAGCCGAUGAGGAGUACAUGUUGGCAGAAAUCAUACCAAAAGAACAAUUGCGGAUACUUAUAAAACAGCUUUCAGUGAAUGCUUACAAAAGUUUGUGA